AUGCUUGUUCCCUCUCUUCAGCACGUGGCCACUGUGGCCUUGGCCUGCUACGUCUCAAUCGGCCUUGCGGUUCCCAAUGUGCAGUCAGUGACUGACACGAAGGACCUCAAUGAGAGGAAUGAAGCCGUGGACAGCCCAGAUGUUGCCGUAAGUAAUACCAUCUCCAGAUUAGGCAUUGAUACGGUUCUAACCACUGUGCAGGUCAUCGGAGAGGGAUUGCAAGCUCGUGCGAACAUAAAGCCACCAGCACGCCCGCGUCCACGCCCUCGCCCGCGCCCGCGACCGGCGCCGGCAGUCGUAGUUCCUCUGGCCGUACCGCCUCAGCCUCCUCGUGUCCAAGUGCGACCUCCGCCGAGACCGCCUGCGCGACGACCUCCUCCACCACCACCCCGAAGAAGGCCUCCCUAA